AUAAGUUCACGGUAACACUGAUAAGGUAAAUAAAUAUUUCGUAAAUAAAUAAAUUAAUAGAUCCGAUUUAUGUAAAUCUGGAGAGAUUCAAGUCCCUGCUACUGCUGAAGUGAACGCCGGAUUGUCCUCUCCCCGUGCGCUGCAGGCUGUGCUGCUUGGCGUGGUGGAAAUAGUGGGCGUAAAAGUGGGUCCAACUGCUGCUAAUAGAUAAUAAACUAAUAAACACAGAUUUGUGACAACGAAUCCAAAGGCCAAACUGACCAAUCAGUCAAACAAAAAACCACGGAACAUGGGCAAACACAGAACUGCGCAGCAAGAUGCCAUAUUCAUCGCAUUUAUGGAGAGACACCCAAUGAUAGCCAAAAACUACCUCAAGGGUGAUAAGCUGGCAGCUGAAGCCGCCUGGAAGCGGCUUUCAAAGGAGUUAAAUAGCGUGGGUCCGCCUGUCAAAGAAGUUUGUGAGUGGAAAAGAGUAUGGAAAGACUGGAAAAGCUGCAUUCGUAAAAAGAUUAACAAUAACAGGCUGGAAGAUUCAAAUGCCUGCGGCAAAGGCUCGCUGUAUCAGGAUACACUCCCUGCUCUAGAGGAUGCAGUGGCCGUGAUCUGUGACUUGUAUGAUAAGCCCGACAGAGUAGUCGAAUCUCGUCCAAAGGCACGUCCUGAAAUUUCCAACCGUUUGCAACUGCAGGACAUCAAGACCGACCACGACGAGGUCACAGCCACAGAUGACGAUGAUGAGGAAGAAGAUGACUGAUCCAGCCGGAUCAAUGACAGACAUAUGGGCGUGAAAUUGGAGUGCACUAGCACUAGGACAUGAAUAGACA